UGAACAUGAGUGCAUGCAUCUCCACUUCUGCCUCUAUCCACUGAGACUGAAGCAACUCACCUCAGCUCUAACAUCAGUUCAACAUUUCAGGCACACAAUGUUUCCCAAUGCCUCUCUGAUCAACUACACACUCAAACCGGAGGAUGACCAGGCAGCUACGGUGGGCAUCAGUUCCAUAGUGCACACUGUCACCAUCGUCCUCUUAAUGCUCACCGUUGUGCUCGGCAUCACAGGGAACUCCGUGGUGAUCUGGGUGGCUGGCUUCAAACUUAAGCCGACAGUCACCAAUGUGUGGUUGGUCAAUCUGGCGAUAGCAGACCUGAUCUUCUGCUUCACACGAAUCUUCUCCCUCACUCGGCUGUUCUUGUCAGGCCACUGGCCUUUUGGCCCCUACCUCUGCAAGUUCAACGGCUUCUUCAAAUACACCAACAUGUUCUGCUCUGUCUUCCUGCUGGCUGUGAUCAGUCUGGAUCGAGUGCUCUGCAUAUGGUGGCCGGUCUUCACAAGGCGCCGACGCACGCUGUGGGUAGCGAGGAUGGUGGCAGUCUGCAUCUGGAUCAUAGCGAUCCUCUUCAGCAUUCCCUACUUCAUCCAUCGCCAAAUUUAUGUGGACACCAACAACCAAACUAAAUGUUCUGUGGACCCAAAAGAGAAGGCAGAAGGGUACAACAGCACCAAAGUUGCUCUGUAUUCCAUCCGCUUCCUGUGCGGCUUCAUAUUUCCCUUCAUGGUCAUUCUCAUCUGUUACAUCCUGGCUGCUGUGGGCAUCAGACGUACCCGUUUGGUGGCAAAGUCCCGGCCUCUGCGUAUACUAGCAUGUUUAGUCACUGCCUUCUUCCUGUGCUGGGCUCCUUAUCACUGCCUCCAACUGGUGAGAAUGAUCAAUGUUGAUAAUAUUGUGGUGAAAAACUGGUUUUAUGUAGCACAGAGUAUUGCCUACUUUAACAGCUGUGUAAACCCACUGCUUUACUUUUGCAUGGGGCUAAAAUUGAGGAAUGGGUUUAAAAACGGUCUGAUGGGAGUUUAUACAAGGGCUCUGACAGAUGAUACAGGUGGCCAAAUUACUCAAUGGACUGAUCAGUCUUUGGAUUGAAGCUCUGUGUUUACAGCACUCUUUUAACAGCAGAAAGGAGUCAGACAGCAGUGGAUGUAACUAAAGUUGAAGUUUCUCUGAAUAAUUGUGAUGCUCGGAAGAUUAUGUGUCCAUGUUUUAGUUUUUAACAAAUGUAAACCGGAGUGUAGACAUUUUGAUCUGUCUAUCUCUAAACAGGAAAUCAAAUUAUUAUUUUUUUUUAUUUAUUUUCAUUGUAAUGUGAAGAAUCUUCAUUGUAAUUACAAGGCACAAAUGUAGCUCAGAAAAAAAUGUACAUAUGUAAACAAUAUGUUAUAGAUCUAGAUUUUUUUUUUUUUUUUUUUUUUUUUUUUUUUUAACUUAGCAGACCAUUUUUUUAAAUGCUUCCAAAUUUAUGAAAGAGUAUAAUGCUGCUGGUAGCUAAGUGCUAAGCCUCAGCAGAGACCAUCAGAACUCUGUUAAAUGCAACAGCUAUGGGGCAGCAACCUGUUGCAAGUACAAGUGUGGAUGUGCUGGAUAGUCAUCACAGAUCAAAGCCCACUGAUCAAAGACCAAUGAUCAAUGGUCAUGAGUACCAUUCACACAGAGUUGGGGAAUGGCUGCAGUCACAGCAGUGCAAGAUGGCGAAAGAUGUACCCAGUGCCCAAUAUAUUUUCGCAGAAAUGACAGAUUUAUGUGACUGAGGACAUGAUUUCCUGCUUGAUUGCAGAAACCACAUUUUUACUCAACAGCUCUUUUCUUUUGAAAUGCUCCUGUUUUUGCUUCCACUGGUAAAAUCUCUUUCAGGAGUCAGAAGAUUUUUCUAUAAAUAUUAACUCUUAAGUAUUUAUGGUAAAAUGUGCCACUUCCCCAUUGUCUGUCUUCAACAUUUUCGUUUUUAUAUUAGUCUUGUUACUUGACCUUUGUUUCUUACUGAUUAUACGUCAUAUUCAGCCCAUCAGUUUUUUUUUCUUUUUUUCUCAAACAUUAGAAAAUAGAGUCCCAAGUUUACUGGAAACAGUUAUAACAAAUGUAUAACAAAUCUGCCGUCUGUCAAGUGUGUAAUAAAAAGUUUAG